AGCAACUUCAAAAACACCAACGUCUACACACAGGAGAGAAGCCUUACUCCUGCUGUGACUGUGGAAAAUGCUUUACAACAUCAUCUGAGCUAACAGUUCAUCAGAGAACACACACGGGAGAAAAGCCUUACAUCUGCUCUGACUGUGGGAAGAGUUUCUCCCACCUGUGUAACUUUAAAGCACACCAACGUAUACAUUCAGGAGAGAAGCCGUACUCCUGCUCUGACUGUGGGAAGAGUUUCUCCCGAUUGUAUACCUUAAAAUCACAUGGACGUACCCAUACAGGAAAGAAGCCUUACUCCUGUUCUGACUGUAUGAAGAGUUUUUCUCACCAGGGUAGCUUUAAAGCACACCAACGUAUACAUACAGGAGAGAAGCCUUACUACUGCUCUGACUGUGGGAAGAGUUUCUCUCAACAGAGCAACUUAAAAACACACCGACGUAUACACACAGGAGAGAAGCCUUACUACUGCUCUGACUGUGGGAAGAGUUUCUCUCAAGAGAGCAACUUAAAAACUCACCAACGUAAACACAAAGGAGAGAAGCCUUACAUCUGCUCUGUCUGUGGGAAGAGUUUCUCUCUACAGAACCAAUUAAAAACACACCAACGUAUACAUAAAGGAGAGAAGCCUCAUCAGUUCUCUCAGACCAGCUGAGAUUAAAAUUUAGUGAUGGAGUGAUUUUUAUCUGAUUGCUUGACUUGGACUGAAAUAGGUGCCGGCACUUUAUAUUUAGCUUCAGGACCUCCACAAUACUUUUGAGCUCAUCUAUAACAGGAACAGGAGCUCAAGCAGUAGAACAUUUGAGGGCCUGGUACUCCGCUCUGUUAAGUUCCUGCCCAAGUCAAGCGCCGGAACUCACAACAUGUAUCAGAUAGAGAUGGUGUGAUGAUCAGUCACCAUUAGUUUGGGGGGGGGGGUUGGUUUUUAUUACAUAGUUACUUGUUUAAUGAUACACAGUCUCUGAAACGACAAUAUGUGUUUAUUAAAUUGUCUUUUAAAACUAGGUUAGUUAUUAUAGUUAUUCAUCAUCAAUGGGUUUGGAUAAUUGCAUUCAGUGGCAUUACUAGUCCUGUGCUUUCGGGGCUUCAGCCCCGGAUGUUUUAGGCCCCACACUUUGGAUGGUAAAAAAAUAUAUACUGUGUAUCUGUAAAGUAUUCAGACCCCUUCCCUUUUUCAAUUUUUUUUUUACAUCCUUAUUCUAAAGUUUGAUAGU